GGGCCUCCCGAAACAAGGGGAAGCGCAAAUAUAUUAAAGCGACACCAAGACCGCAGUGAUUUGAAGGAAGUCAUUGCAAGAUUACGGCCUGCCCUGCCUGGCCCCUUCCCUCCGCUCUUGCCCCCCGUCUGCUGCCCUCCAGCCUCCCUGCUCCCUCAUGCUCUGGAUGAAGCGGCCCCACUGCCAGCCUGAUGACUGCCUGGAUCGUUCUGCCUGUCAGCCUGUCUGCCUUCUCCAUCACUGGAAUAUGGAUAGUCUAUGCCAUGGCUGUCAUGAACCACCAUGUUUGCCCAGUGGAAAACUGGUCGUACAACGUGACUUGUACAGAGGAGCCCUCCAAGCCAGGCUUUCCAAAGACGUGCUGCACUAUUCAGGAUAUUCCUCUUAUCAGUAAAUGUGGGUCCUUCCCUCCAGAAAGCUGCCUAUUCAGUUUGAUUGGCAACGUCGGAGCGUUCAUGGUGGUGAUGGUGUGCCUUUUGCGCUAUGCUCAGGUGAUCGAGCAUGGCCACAGCUGCUGGUUGAACACUGGCGGGCUGGCGGCCGGCUUCGGCAAUGCUGUCGGCUUAGUCAUGGUGGGGAACUUCCAGGUUGAUCAUGCCAAGACGCUCCACUAUGUCGGGGCUGGCGUGGCGUUCCCGGCGGGCAUGGUGUUUGUCUGCCUCCAGUGUCUGCUGACCUACCGAGUGGCGCUCACUGCCCUCGACUACUGGAUGGCACAUGUGCGGGUCGGCCUCACCAUCGGUGCGCUCAUUUCACUCGUCCUCAGCGGUGCGUUCUUCGUCCACGAGAGCUUCGUGCUGCAGCAUGCGGCCGCCAUCUGCGAGUGGGUCUUCACUGUGGUCAUCCUGGUCUUCUACGGCACCUUCACCUACGAGUUCGGCACGGUCACCAGCGAGACCAUGAUGGCGGGCUUGCAGCGCGGCUGCCACCAGAGCUCCAGCAGCAUGAUCCUGGGCGGUGGCGAGCGUCUGGGGGGGCUGGGUGGUGGCGGCGGGGGGGCCAAGGGCCUCAAGUCCCCCGGCGGCAGCAGCACCUCCACCCACCUCAACUGCACACCGGAGAACAUCGCCAUGUUGUAGUAGGCCUCUAUUCUCUCUCCUGACCACCCUCUCCUGCCCUCCACUGCACACCUAAAAACAUUGCUAUGUUUUUGAGGUCUCUCUCCCUCUCUCUCUCUCUCUCUCUCUCUCUCUCUCUCUCUCUCUCUCUCUCUCCCUCUCCCCCCCUCUCCCCCUGCCCACUCCUGGCUGCCCUCCUUUGCCCAUUUCCACCCAACUCUCUCUCUAUCUUUCUCUCUCUGUCUCCCUCUCUCGUCCUCCUCCUCCUCCCUACCGUACCCUCUGAUACGUUCGCCCACAUAACCCAACCCAGCGCAUCCUGAGUCACGUGUCACUUGGAACAUACACCACCGCUCCAGUGGAGGUGACUCCUGUGGUGCUGCUUAGAGGAAGUGGACAAGGAGGCAGGGGGGAUGAGGAGGAAAGGAAAGAAGGAGGGCGGCAUUGAGGCUGGAGGGAAGAUAAUUGAUUGAUGCACAGGGAUUGAGGGAUAUUUGAUAUGCGUGUUUCCGUUUGUGUGUGUGUGUGAAUGUGUGUGUGUAUCUUGUGUUAUUUUAAGCCGUCCUGGUGUCCCUCAAUCUCAAGCCUUUUUUUGUUUUUAGAAGUGCUCUUGAGAAGAAUGUUGUGUGUUCGCAAAUGUAAUUGCCAGAAAUUUUACAAAAAAAUAUGUUCACACACUUGCUAGUUGUUUCACGUAUGAUUAUUGCUGUUUACCUCGUGAGGGAGGUCCGAGGAGACUUGACAGGUGUGUCUCGGUCACUUUUUUGAAAGGCCCUAAGAUGGUGGAUUUGACGGGACUUUGUCAGGCUCCGUGUUGUUCAGGAUGCUGGCAGUCCUUUCUCACUUUGGCAAAGCUGAUUAAUUUUGCACACAAACAAAAUUAAUAUUUUCCUUUCUUUUUUUGUUCUUUGUAAUCAAAGUAUAGUUUGACAAUUUUAUCGAAUGCCUCUAGUUGUUUGAUAGGGGAGGAAAUCUAGGAUUGUAAUGACAAUUUUGUUCGAUAAGUGUUAGUUGAGACCUCUUUUUUUCCCAAUUUCAUUUCAAAGACACAAAGGGCAACUUUUCAGUAGUAUAACUGUGACCACAAACACAAUGAGGUUUUGUCAUUACAGUUAAAUUGCAGCAAUUAUCCCAUUGUCAAACACAUACCGGUCAUAAAAUAUUGUCAGCAUAUGUUAGUCAGGAAGCAUCAUCUGAUGUUGGCUCGUGAAUAGUUCUAUAUAACAUGAUUGCAUGUUAGCACGGUUUGUCACAAAGUGUUUUCAUCCGUGAUGCCAUGCUCAAAACAAUGCCUCCAUUUGAGAUGUGAUUGUGACUCUGGCGAGUUUGUGAAUUUGCAUCUUUCUUUUUUUUUCCUGUGCUAUGAUUAGGUUCUGUGUUCUGUUUGGCUCAUUGUCAUCAUAGAAAGAGGGCAUUUUACUUUUUUUGUUGUUGUUUUUUUCUUUGUUUUCCUCAAAUACGGCCAAGUUUUUAUUCCUGCCUGUUGUUGUUGCUAGCAAAGGGGGUAGCACCACAGUGCUGUAACUUUUACUGGACACAACAGAACCUUUUUAAACUGCCUUCGCUUUGCUGGAUCAUGUAGCAGAUUUGCCUGGUCUACACUCGUGGCCGAUGUCAACUGAAGGUGCCACAAUAGAAUGUCCACUCCACGCUGUACCUUUCGAUGUCUGAUGUGCUGAUUGUUGUUUUUCUUUAGGUGUACCUGGGCUGGCUCCUGGGAGCCUUACUUUUUUUUUUUUUUUUUUUUAAAUACAACUCUUUGAAGGUGCCACUUAGGCUCCGAUGACCUUAGUGUUGCUUAGUGAGCCUCUGCUGAUGGUCUUAUGUCAGAUUCCAAAAUACAUCAACCACCAUGAUGGUCCCAUGUUAGUUUCUGAUUGUCCCUCAGGUGGUGUUUGCUUUACGUUACCUGCACCUGCAAAGCCAUAACUUCCUUUUUGUUCUGAUGGUGGCGGCCCCUGGUGGGCACUGAUGUAAACUACAACAACAACUGCCAAUCCCACUGUAGUGGUUUUAUUGUUGUCAUUUGUUUGACCAGUGACUGUAAACAUGUAAUAACAAUCAUUGGUUUUCACCAUGUCACACUGAGCACCAUGAGCAGAAUCUCUCUAAGCCGAGGUCUUCAACUGAGCCUAUGCUCCUCCUGAGUAGUACUCAAGUUCAUCUGCAGCAACAUGGUGAUCCAUUUUCUCUUGUCUGGUGUACAACCACUGGCUGGAUGGAACUCCACCCCAGAAGCAUUUACAAAUUUACUUUGACAUUAGCUACCUCUGACUGCUGACUUGCUUUUGAAAGAGGUAUACACGUAUAUUUGACUGCCGUAGCAUACUCUGAAAGACCAGGCUGUGCAUGUUCUACUCGAUUAGACAGGUUUUUCCUUAUUCAUGGAUUGAGCCUAUUUACACUAAUGGUGUUUUUUUUUGUUGCCAGUGGAGCUCUUCACUGAAGUUCUCACCUAGUCUAGGACUAGAACCUGGGGGGUAUUCCACAAACAUGGUUAAAGGGACACUGUGUGAGAUUUUUAGUUGUUUAUUUCCAGAAUUCAUGCUGCCCAUUCACUAAUGUUACAUU